CAUCUGUCACAGUGGAAGCAAUUCUGAAUUGCAAAAUAAUACUCGGAGUGGCUUCCCUCGGCCUCCUCAUCGAACGGAUACUUGUCAAACAACAAUGGCCGAUUCCACUACUUGCAACCUUAACUUAAAUACAGAGUCCAUUCAGGCUGCAGCUGAAGAUACUCGGGAAGUCCAGAUCACCAACCAGGCUGCAGCUGAAGAUGGUAGCACAUUCAUGGAUCCAAAAUUGUACGAGGCUGCAGCACAUGGUGACAUCCAUGUACUUGAGCGACAUGAUAUUCGUGUCCACCGAACUCCAAAAAAGAACACAGUUCUCCAUGUUGCAGCCCAAUUUGGCCAAGCGGACUGCGUUAAGUGGAUCCUUCAGUUGCCUUCUUCAUCACUAUUGCAACAGCCCAACGAGAAAGGUGACACUCCACUUCACCUUGCAGCCAGGGAAGGGCAUUUGACAGUGGUGAAAGUUCUGAUUGACGCUGCCAAAGUAGGAGACGCGGAAAGCGGGGCUGCAGCAGAUUGUACGGUGAUGCUGAGGAUGAUAAAUAAAGACAAUGACACAGCCUUGCACGAGGCAGUGAGAAAUCAUCACCCUGAGGUGGUGAAGUUAUUGAUUCAGGAAGACCCCGACUUUACCUAUGGUGCUAAUACUGAAGGCAACACUCCUCUUUACAUCGCUGCUGAGUGGGGAUUCGUAGACUUGGUGCAUAUGAUCCUAGACAAUUGCUCUUCACCAGCUCAUGAUGGGGUUAAUGGUCGAACCGCUUUGCAUGCUGCGGUAAUUCUCAAUAACGAAGCAAUGACAAAGAAGAUACUGGAAUGGAAGUCUGAUUUAACUAAAGAAUUGGAUCAAAAUGACGACGAAAUUGGAAACAGGACAGCUCUUCACAUUGCAGCCCGCAGAGGCCAUGUGGGACUUAGUGAAGGUGCUGGUGUCAACACUUUCCAAGAUUGUUGCGAGAAAGUUGAUGAUAAGGGCAAUAAUGUUCUUCAUUUGAUAAUGCCAAAAAAAAAUAUUUGUAACUUCGGUUUGUCAAAUAAUCCCCGGUUAAGGAUGAGAGGACUCAUGAACGAGAAGAAUGCUGAAGGAACGACGCCCCUCCACCUGUUGCACAAUUCUCCCUUGUCUAAAGGUGUCAACUACUUCCCACCUCCGGAGACGACGUUCACGUGGAUAUUGGACACCUUCGUGAGAUCAAGGAGACGGAGUCCAAGUUUCAGAGCUGGGAUCAGACCCUUGGGUUCGCUAGAGGUCAAGAAAGACAUGGAUAGCAGCGAAAGCAAAGGAAGUGAGAAAAUAUCUGAAAGCAAAGGAAGUGAAGAAAGUAAAGAAAUAUCUGAAAUUAAGAAAACAAUGAAAAGCCAUAUGAUAGUGGUGGCACUCAUAGCAACUGUAACCUUCACGGCAGGUUUCACACUGCCUGGUGGUUACAUUCAGGACAAGGGCGUUACCCAGGGCAUGGCAAUCUUAUCGCUCCCAACAGAUGGCACCCUGGACAAGCACGGAGACAUGGCAAGUGCAGCAAAGGAAAAUUUCAGCAAUUUUGUCAUGGAAGAUAGCAUAGCCAUGGUACUUUCUAUGUGUGCAAUUGGUAUUUACUUCCUUGCCUCUUUCCCCAUAGAAAAUAAGAAGACCGUCCACGCAUACGUAUUGUACGGCUAUGUUCUCACCUUGGCUGCGAUGGCUGUAAUGGUGAUAGCAUUCGUUGACGGGCUGCAAGCUGUGCUACAUCCUUCUUCAUCGCUUGAAGUUACCACCGAAUACAUGAUUGUAGUCUUCUUGCUUUUCUUUUUUGUUCCAGCUUUACCUUUAUUGGUAACCAUCAGUCGGGAUUUUGUAGUUCCUUUAUUGGUAACCAUCAGUCGGGAUUUUGUAUGGAAAAAAUUUGUGAGUCUUUGA